UAUUGGGAAAAUAGGAAUUGAACACAAAUGCACAAUUAACAGGCAGGGGCAGCCCAUCAUCUCUCUUACUCUCUCGGACCAGAUCCCUAUUUACAAGAGAAAACACAACCCAUGAAAAAUCCACUCGGUACUCCACCGAUUUCAGAGAAGUAACAAGCAUUUCUUGCUCCAGCUUAACGCUCUUGAGCCUCAAAAUCCAAUAUUUUGCUCAAAGGUCUCUCUGUCUUUCUCUCUCUAGCUGAAGCAACUUUUGAGUUUUUUGUCUUUUAUCGGUGAAUUGUAAUUAAACCCUAUGUUUGAAUUUUGCUUGGGAUUCUAGAACGUGAAUUUCCAAUCUUGAGCUGGAUUCGUGAAAUUGAAUCUCAUUCUGGGUCACAAUCUCGUUGGCUCUUUUCGUUUUCUGUGAUGAGGUUUGGGUUUUGUUUUUGUUGACUGACCCACAAAUGAUUAGGGAUUUUUCUUUUCCUUUCAUUCAAUUUGUUUCAGCAUAAAUUUCCGGGCUUUAUUGUUUAUGGCCAGGAUACAAUAAUGGUUUUUAUUCAUAUUAUCGAGUGGAAUCUGGGUUUUGGUUUUCUUAAUCAGUAAAUUAGGGUUUCUUGGUUAAGUCCACCUGAGCUUACUUCAUUUUUAAUUAUCUGAAUUACCAAAGUUUGGGUUUUUAAUUUUCGAAUUCAGAGGGAGAAAUCUGAGCUUUGGUUUGAUUGGGAGUGUAAGACACAUACAUAGGUUUUGGUUGCACUGAGCUGGAAUUUGGGUGUGUUUAGUUUAAGGAACUAUGGAGGAUGGGACUCCGAAUUCGAUGAAUCUUGAUCUUAAUUUGGGCCCUGUUGAUCAUCCAAAUGGUGAAGUGGCUCCUGAGUCUGGACCAGUACCCACUCAGAAUAUUAAUUUGGAGGAGUUCCUUGAUGGUAGAGUUAGGGAAGCAGUUAGGCAAAGGAGACAGAGGAGGCAACGGUGGCGGUCCAUGUGGAGAGAGUUCCCAGUCCCGCCUGAAACUAGAAACAUUGCAUUGGAAUUGAUCGGUGGGAGCAGAUUGCAGACUGGUGAGGCUAGUAUUGCUGCCGAGGAGAGGCCUGCAGAAGUGACCAAAACAUGCGAUACUAACAAUUCGUGUUUGAAUGAUGAGGUAUCGGGAAAAAAAGAAGAAAAUGAAAAGGGAAACGGGGAUGAAGGUAGCUUCUUUGACUGCAAUAUAUGCUUGGAUUUGGCAAAGGAACCCGUCGUGACUUGUUGUGGCCACUUGUUUUGUUGGCCUUGCCUUUAUCGUUGGUUACAUGUCCAUUCGGAUGCGAAAGAAUGCCCUGUUUGUAAGGGGGAAGUGACAAUGAAGAAUGUGACUCCAAUUUACGGUCGUGGGGGUAGUGCUCGGGAGACCGAAGAGAAUUCUGCACUCAAAGUUCCUCACAGGCCCCAAGCACGACGAGUCGAGAGCUGGAGACAAACCAUUCAGAGGGCUGCAGCGUUCACCAUCCCGAUGGAAGAAAUGAUUCGUCGACUUGGCAGUAGAUUCGAUUUGACCCAGAUGCAGCCUCAAAAUCUCGAUGGCUCCCACGAAUCUCCCGAGAGAACCAACUCCUUGCUCAACCGCAUUCUUACCUCGAGGGGACGCAGAGAGCAGAACCCUAUCUUGCCAUCUGAUGAUGUCGUUAACAUGGCGGGUCCCACUGACUCGGAUAUCUUGGAAAGCCUGGAAAACCCGGAAAACCGGCGACUUUCAUCUCUUCUACAACGCAGAUCAAAUUUGCAUCGGGCCGCUGGUGUUGCUAACCUUAACAUUGCUGAAAGGCUGCUCGAAACAUAUUUCCGUAACAGUGACAGAAGUCAGGAGCAGGCUCUACCGGUUGACGACAGAGAUUCUGUUUCGAGCAUCGCAGCCGUGAUUCACUCCGAGAGUCAGACUGUAGAUACUGCUGUCGAAAUAGAUUCCACAGUUUCUCUUUCCACCUCAUCUUCCAGAAGAAGAAACGAUGCUUCUAGAAUCUCAGAUGUUGAUAGUGGAGAUUCACGCCCGCUUAGAAGGAGGAGACUGCACUGAUCGCCUCCUCUCAUCCUAUUCACUUUCAGUAGUUUAAAUUUCUUUCAGCGUAAAUGUCUCACAGCAUUUGCUCAAGUAUAAACUGCCAGUAUACAUAGGCAUGCUUUAAAAAAUAUCGAACUUGCUCUCGUGGACAACUCACAUGAGGUAUUCUUAAUGCAUUUCUAAGUUUUGCUUAUUCUAUAAAAUAUCUUUCCUUUUCUUCAA